AUGCUCGCCAUCAGCCACCUUUUCUACCACGCCCGCUCUCUUAGAACGAUAUCAUUUACAGCGUUUUUAGAUUGGUGGGAGGCGACGGUUGGGUAUUGGUGGAAGCGUUCCGCAGUGUUCCGUCAUUCCCGUGUUGUUGUGGCGAUUGACGACUGCGGUAACACGGUGGAAUAUAUACCGGGACCCAACAUUUUUUUUUCUCCGGCAGUAGUGCAAUCUCAAGUCUUCAGGAGACGGAUACGUUACAGUACCUCGUUUUCAAGGCUACUUCGAUGGCGAACUACCCUGGCCAGCAGCCAAGUGGUGGUCUGGAUCCUAAGGCUGCUACAUGGUUCCCGAACAGUGGACCGGGACAACUCGGGCCGCAUAACUGCGCAGGAACUGCAGCAGGCACUCUCCUCUGGCAACUGGCAGAAGUUUGACAUCUCAUGCUGCAGGAUGAUGAUUCGGAUGUUUGACAAGGACGGAAACGAUACUGUCGACAUAAACGAAUUUGGCCAUCUGUUCAACUAUGUCAAUGCCUGGAUCUCAGCAUUCCAGAAGUAUGACACUAACAAGUCGUCGAGCGUAGAUGCCAAAGAGCUGCAGCAAGCCUUCGCCGAGAUGGGCUACCGCCUGUCGCCGGCCUUCGCUGAAAGCGUGCUGAAGAAGUACGACGUGAACAAGUCUGGCCAGAUCACCGUCGACCACUUCAUCCUGUCGUGCAUCCAGCUGCAGAACCUGACGAACGCCUUCCGUGCGCGAGACUCCGCCAUGAAGGGCAUGAUCCAGAUCGGCUUCGAGGACUUCCUGUCCACGUGCUUCAAGUGCACGGCUGGCGCAGGCGGCCGCCAGCCGCACUGCGCGGCGCUCUCGUUCAGGAAGUGGUGCUCGUCCACCACAGUGCUGGCGGCGCGGGUGGCACAGAAGGUGUUUCUGGCGGGGGUGACGGGGCAUUACGUGGACAGGCGGCGAUAA